AUGGCCCCAGCAGACCAGGAUGCAGAGAACCACACGUCGUCGACGACGCAGAAUAUGGUAGAGAAGGAUACACCCAAAGACGUUGUCGAGACAGACUCUUCAGCGUCCGAAACCAAGCCAGCACGCACAAUACCCAAUGGCGGGUUGCAAGCAUGGCUCCAGGUUGUGGGCGCGUUCUUCCUCUAUUUCAAUACAUGGGGCCUCCUCUCCAGCUACGGUAGCUUCCAGGCGUACUACGAGACGAGCCUCCUAGAGAACUACACCCCCUUCGAGAUCUCGACCAUCGGCUCCGUGCAGAGCUUCCUGCUCGUCUUUCUCGGGUUCGUGACAGGGUCCAUCUACGAUGCCGGGUAUUACCGCUACCUGCUCGGCGCUGGGUCGCUGCUCGUCUUCUUUGGGACGCUGAUGCAGAGCUUCUGCACAGAGUUCUGGCAGCUGCUCCUGGCCCAGGGGUUCUGCAUCGGUAUCGGUUGCGGCUGCUUGUCGAUCAUGACGGUUGCCAUCACGGCGCUCUGGUUCAACACGAAGCUGCCGAUUGCGAACGGCAUCGCUGCCUGUGGAAGCGGUGUCGGCGGUGUUAUCUUCCCAAUAGUCAUCAAGAACCUGCUGCCGAAGAUUGGAUUCGGGUGGACCGUCCGAACCAUAGCUUUGAUCGUGCUCGUCACGUUGACUGUGUGCAACAUCGUCCUGCGCGGCCCAGGCGCAUCAGCUAAACGACGAGCUCUCGUCCAUCGAGAAUCCCUGACCGACUGGCCCUAUGUGGCGCUGAUCUUUGCCUACUUCACCGUUUUCCUGGGCCUAUACACGCCCUUCUUCUACGUGGAGAGCUUCGCUGUUAGUACAGGAAUCACAUCAGAGGACACGGCCUUCUAUCUCCUGGCCAUCGUGAACCUGUCGUCCAUCAUCGGCCGCAUCAUCCCUAACAUCCACCUCGCUGGUAUGAUGGGCCCAAUGAACAUGAUCACGAUUACCACCAUUUGCCUAGCUGCGACGAGCUUGGGCUUCAUCGGCGUCAAGAACGCCGCGGGUGUCUUUGUGGUUUCGGUCGUGUACGGCUUUUUCACCGGCACUUUCUUUGCGCUUCAGCCGACGAUCUUUGUACGUCUGACGGGAGACAUGAGCGUCAUGGGCACGCGCUUCGGCAUGGCGUUCUCCAUCAUGUCGUUUGGGCUUCUCAUAGGAAGUCCCAUCAGCGGGGUGCUCCAGCGAGCAUUCGGGUCUUAUAAUGCGAGCUGGGUCUGGGCCGCUAUUACCGUGGCUGGGGGCUCAAUUCUGCUUGGUGUCGCGAGAACCCUAAAGGUUGGGCCAAAAGUAGCCAUCAAAAUAUAG